UGUUAAGAACAAGGUUUAAAUAAAGGUUAUAUGAUCAUCGUUGUGCUUCUAUGUGAUAUCAAAUGAAAAGAUGUAAUGUCACGCUUUAGAGUUUUGCAGUAUGGUAUACCGUUUGUAAUCUUUAUUGUCGGUGGAUCGUUUGGUCUUCGAGAAUUUACAGAAUUACGUUAUAGAUAUAGACGUACAUCUGAAUGUAACAUACAUGACGAAUUAGAAAAAGAGGGAUUUCAAUUUAGACCACCAGAGGAAAUUACUUUGGAAAAAGAAUACGAAAAGUUGGAAAAGAUGGAUCUUGACAACUGGGAGAACGUUCGAAUACCACGACCAUGGGAGGAACCAGAAGAUACAAAAAACUGAGUAUAAAUAAAAGCAUCUUUAGUGAUUACUAGAUAAUUAACAGAAACAUGUUUUAAAUCAUCAAUCUUUAGAAACACUUUUAAUACUGUUCG